CUUUUAUAGCCUAUAAUACCAUGCCCUAGAGACAAGCCCAUGUACCAAAACGAUGGCCUCUAAGAAGUUCGUCACUUGGGGAUUUCUCUUCAUUUUGAUGUUUCUGUUGGUCUCAGAAGCGGCAUCCAGGAAAUUACUUGAGACUUCUGAGCUUGGCAAUUCAAAUAUGCAGAAAGGUCCGGUGCUUCCAUCACCACCAAAUCCCGGAACCCAUAUAGUAGGUUAUGGUUAUGAUCAAUCUAAAAAGUCAUCAACUAUAGAAGCGAAGAAACCUAGAGGCCCUGUAACUCCGACAGCACCAAAUCCUCGCGCCUUUAUACCCACACCACCUGCAGCUCCGGGUAGUCAAACUUGAGUGCUUUCUUUGCGAUCUAUCUAUCUAUAUAUAUAUAUAUAUGAUAACGUGUGAGAUAUGUGGCCCAUGAUCAAUAGAAGGAGUCAAUGAAUUCUCUGCCUCCACUACUUGGUGAUUUAUUAAUAAGCCACAACACUUUGAUGAUAUUAGGAAUUAUUAAAUAAAAAAAGAGAAUUUCGAU